UGCCCCUUUAAGAGGCGGCGGCGGAGCCCGGACCUUUUCUCUUUCCCCGGAAGGAGAGGGAGCGCGGCUGGGCGCGCAAGGUGGGGAGGUGCGGCGCUGGGCGUGGGAAGGCGGGGCGCGCGGAAGCACCCCUCCCUCCCGGCCUCCUUGCGGUCUACGGGUCUGCCAGCCCAGAUCCGUCACGAGCCGGGAUCGAAGUCGACUGUGCGGCCAAGGGGGCGCGGCCGGGACCAGCUGUGGGGCAGGGUGUCCGGGGUGGGGGCGCGGCGACCAGAGGCAGGGCUGGCCGGAGACCCGCGGACCUCGGAGUGCACCUGAGAGCGCAGACCUGGAGCGGAUGUGAAACCGACCAGCGCUGCGGGGCUUGAGGACGCGGCGGGCCGAGUUUUGCGGUGGUGCGGCGGGCAGGUGAACAGGUCCGCACUCCCAGCUCCGCGUCCUCACGCGCUCUCGCCCGGGUGCCCGCUCCCGCUCGCAUCCAUGGGACCCAGCCCCCGCCUCGCCACCCCUGUCCUGCGCCCGACGCUCUGCGCGCUCGCCUUGAUUGUGGCCGCUGGCGGUCGCGUCGCCUCCGCCUUCAACCUGGACACCCGAUUCCUGGUGGUGAAGGAGGCCGGGAACCCGGGCAGCCUCUUCGGCUACUCGGUCGCCCUCCAUCGGCAGACGGAGCCGCAGCAGCGCAACCUGCUCCUGGUUGGUGCUCCCCGUGACCUCGCCAUGUCUGAUGGCUAUACCAACCGGACCGGUGCUGUGUACCUGUGCCCACUCAGUGCCCACAAGAACGACUGUGAGAGGAUGGACAUCACAGAGAAAAAUGACCCUGACCAUCACAGAAUUGAGGACAUGUGGCUUGGGGUGACUGUGGCCAGCCAGGGCCCUGCAGGCAGAGUCCUGGUCUGUGCCCACCGCUACACCCAGGUGCUGUGGUCGGGGUCGGAGGAGCAGUGGCGCAUGGUGGGCAAGUGCUACGUGCGGGGCAACAACCUCAAGCUGGACCACAAUGAUGACUGGCAGACCUACCACAACGAGAUGUGCAACAGCAACACCGACUACCUGGACACGGGCAUGUGCCAGCUGGGCACCAGCGGUGGCUUCACCAAGAACACGGUGUACUUCGGAGCUCCCGGUGCCUACAACUGGAAAGGAAACAGCUACAUGAUUCAGCGGAAGGAGUGGGAUUUAUCCGAAUACAGCUAUAAGGACGAGGAGGACCAAGGAAACCUCUAUAUUGGGUACACGGUGCAGGUGGGCAGUGCCAUCCUGCACCCUACAGACAUCACCAUUGUGACGGGUGCCCCGCGGCACCGACAUAUGGGUGCUGUCUUCUUGCUGAGCCAGGAGGUAGGCGGAGACCUGCGGAGGAGGCAGGUGCUGGAGGGCACACAGGUGGGCUCCUAUUUUGGCAGCGCCAUUGCCCUGGCAGACCUGAACAAUGACGGGUGGCAGGACCUCCUGGUGGGUGCCCCCUACUACUUUGAGCAGAAGGAAGAGAUCGGGGGUGCCGUCUAUGUCUUCAUGAACCAGGCAGGCACCUCCUUCCCGGCCCAUCCCUCCCUCCUCCUUCACGGCCCCAGUGGCUCCGCCUUCGGCUUCUCCGUGGCCAGCAUUGAUGACAUCAACCAGGAUGGAUUCCAAGACAUUGCUGUGGGAGCUCCGUUUGAGGGCUUGGGCACAGUGUACAUCUACCACAGCAGCUCCAGGGGUCUCCGCCAACAGCCCCAGCAGGUAAUCCACGGAGAACAGCUGGGACUCCCUGGCUUGGCCUCCUUCGGCUACUCCCUGAGUGGGAAGAUGGAUGUGGAUGAGAACCUCUACCCAGACCUGCUCGUGGGGAGCCUGUCGGACCGCGUCGUGCUGCUGCGGGCCAGGCCCGUCAUCAACAUCCUCCACAGGACCCUGGUGGCCAGGCCGUCCGUGCUGGACCCCGCGCUCUGCACAGCCACCUCCUGUGUGCAGGUGGAGCUGUGCUUUGCUUACAACCAGAGUGCCGGGAACCCCAACUACAGGAGAAACAUCACCCUCGCCUACACGUUGGAGGCAGACCGGGACCGCCGCCCACCCCGGCUUCGCUUUGCGCAGAGCCAGUCAGCUGUCCUCCAUGGCUUCUUCUCCAUGCCCGAGAGGCGCUGCCAGAACCUGGAGCUGCUCCUGAUGGACAACCUCCGCGACAAACUCCGGCCCAUCGUCAUCUCCAUGAACUACUCGUUACCUUUGCGUUUGCCUGACCACCCCCGGCUGGGGUUGCGGUCCUUGGAUGCCUACCCGGUCCUCAACCAGGCCCAGGCUCUGGAGAACCACACUGAGGUCCACUUCCAGAAGGAGUGCGGGCAGGACAACAAGUGCGACAGCAACCUGCAGAUGCAGGCGGCCUUCGUGUCGGAGCAGGGGCAGCGGCUGAGCAGGCUCCAGUACAGCAAAGACCUCCGGAAACUGUACCUGAACAUCAAUGUGACCAACACCCCAAGCAGGGAGCGGGCUGGGGAAGACGCCCAUGAGGCGCUGCUCACCCUGGCGGUGCCCCCCGCCCUGCUGCUGUCCUCAGUGCGCCCUGCUGGAACCUGCCAGGCCAACGAGACCAUCCUUUGUGAGCUGGGGAACCCCUUCAAACGGAACCAGAGGAUGGAGCUGCUCAUCGCCUUCGAGAUCAUUGGGGUGACCCUGCACACAAGGGAAUUCCAGGCGCAGCUGCAGCUCUCCACGUCAAGUCACCAGGACAACCUGUUGCCCAUGACCCUGACUCUGCUGGUGGACUACACGCUCCAGGCCUCGCUUAGCAUGGUGAGUCACCGGCUACAAAGCUACUUUGGGGGAGCAGUGAUGGGCGAGUCUGGCAUGAAAACUGUGGAGGACGUGGGAAGCCCUCUCAAGUAUGAGUUCCAGGUGGGCCCAGUGGGAGAAGGGCUGGCAGUCCUGGGGACCCUGGUCCUAGGGCUGGAGUGGCCCUAUGAAGUCGCCAAUGGCAAGUGGCUGCUGUACCCCACGGAGAUCACCAUCCGAGGCAAUGGGUCCUGGACCUGCCAGCCACCAGGAGACCUUGUCAACCCUCUCAACCUCACUCUCUCAGUCCCCGAGGACAGACUGCCAUCUCCGCAGCGCAGGCGGCGACAGCUGGACCCAGGGGGAGUCCAGGGCCCCCCACCUGUUCCUCUGGCUGCUGCCAAAAAAGCCAAGUCUGAGACCUUAUUGAGCUGUGGCAGUGUCCACACCCGCUGUGUGUGGCUGGAGUGCCCCAUUCCCGAUGUCCCUGUCCUCACCAACGUGACAGUGUGGGCUCGAGUGUGGAACAGCACCUUCAUUGAGGAUUACAGAGACUUUGACCGAGUCAGGGUAACCAGCUGGGCUACCCUGUUCCUCCGAACCAGCGUCCCCACCAUCAACAUGGAGAACAAGACUGUGCCGUUCUCCGUGGAUAUUGACUCCGAGCUGGUGGAGGAGCUGCCAACUGAGAUCGAGCUGUGGCAGGUGCUUGUGGCUGUGGGGGCCGGGCUGCUGCUGCUGGGACUCAUCAUCCUCCUGCUGUGGAAGUGCGGCUUCUUCAAGCGAGCCCGCACUCGCGCCCUGUAUGAAGCUAAGAGGCAGAAGGCCGAGAUGAAGAGCCAGCCGUCAGAGACAGAAAGGCUGACCGAAGACUACUGAGGGGGCAGCCCCCGCCCCCACCCCACCCGGUGUGACUUCUUUAAGCGGACCCGCUAUUACCAGAUCAUGCCCAAGUACCACGCCGUGCGGAUCCG